ACUGCUAGCGUCUCCGCAAUGCUGGAAAAUCGAUAUGUGAGGAAAAUUUUCUAAAAAGGCAUUGUGAACAAAAGGGUGGUGCACUUAAGUUGAAAAUCUGACCAAUUGUUCUUUAUAAAGGAUAGGAAUAAACUUAAAUAGUCACUUGCAAGACAACGUUGAAGUACUUUUAUUGAAUUCUCAGCAUACGGUCGCGUUGGUCGCCAAAAAAGUAGAUUUAGAUUUCCUCAACCGAAAGGUUCCUGAUUGACUUUUCGACUAGUCUUGUAAAAAGAAAAUCGAAUCCCGAGUAGUGAAAUCAGUGGCCGAAUUCGUGCGUUAAGGUGGCGCUCGAUAACGGAAUCAAAACGCAGUCCAGAGUGCAUCCGAGUCCCGGUAGUGCUCGCACCCUCGUGUGGGCACUACCGCUUACAGCGUCAUGCAACAUGGUCACGGAGGAAAACGACGAACAUCCGCACACGGAGGAGGAAAAGACACCGACCCAGGAGAAGGACAGUAAUCUGCUUUCGCGCUCCGACAGUACUGAGAUUUUGAUUCAAAGCAGCAUGGACGAUAUUUUCGAUGUAAUCAAGGCGGGAGAGCUUUCUGAGGUGGAAAACUUGGUGGAAAAAUUGGGCCCUGAGGCACUGAGCGCAAGGGAUAGACAUGGUUACACUCCAGCUCAUUGGGCAGCUCUCGAUGGAAACGUGGAGAUGAUGCGCUAUCUGGUGGAACGUAACGCACCCGUUGAUUUGCCCUGUUUGGGAACCCAAGGUCCGCGACCUAUUCAUUGGGCUUGCCGAAAAGGCCAUGCUGCCGUCGUACAAGUACUGCUGCAAGCUGGUGUUGCGGUGAAUGCUGCCGACUUUAAGGGUCUAACUCCGUUGAUGACGGCUUGUAUGUAUGGUAGAACGGCCACCGCCGCGUAUUUGCUAGGCAUGGGAGCCCAGAACCAUUUGACAGACAUCAAUGGGGAUACGGCGCUGCACUGGGCCGCCUAUAAGGGCCACGCCGAUCUAAUUAGACUGCUAAUGUAUUCGGGAGUUGAUCUUCAAAAAACCGAUAACUUUGGAUCGACACCGCUUCACUUGGCUUGUCUUUCUGGGAAUUUGCAAUGCGUGAAGAUUCUUUGCGAGAAACGCAACCUGGAGCUGGAACCGAGGGAUAAGAAUGGGAAAACUCCAUUGAUGUUGGCCCAAGGUCACAGGAACAAUGACGUGGUGAAGAUGCUACACAAUGAAAUUAAGAAGAAGUCUAGAUGGAUGCCGCCCAUUUCGGAAAUUUGGAGCUUGCUGUUCGGAGGCGCGGGAGCUUCCAAAGGACCGUUGAUUCUUUUCUUGUUUUCGGUAUUGCUUUGGGGCUAUCCGAUGUAUAUGAUAAGGUGCAUCCCUAUAACAUGGAAUGUUUUGCGACGAUCCCAUUACUGUUUCAUCUACUGGAAUGCUGUAAUGUGGAUCAGUUGGGUUAUUGCUAAUCGCCGUGAUCCUGGAUAUGUCUCGUUGAACUCAGAUACGUACCACCAAGCAAUCAAGCAGAUUCCAUACUUCGACAAGUGGAAGAAGCGUAACGUAAUCUUGUCGAGACUUUGUCAUAGCUGCCGGUGUUUGAGGCCGCUGCGGGCCAAACACUGCCGAAUUUGCAACAGGUGCGUCUCUUACUUCGAUCAUCAUUGUCCGUUCAUAUACAAUUGCGUCGGAUUGAGAAACCGGAUGUGGUUCCUGUUGUUCGUACUGAGCGUGGCGGUCAAUUGCUCGUUUACGAUCUACUUUGCCUGCUACUGUGUAAUGAUCGAAGGGUUCAGUCUGCUGUAUGUACUCGGUUUAGUUGAAGCAUUUGUGUUCUGUGGACUUGGAUGGAUACUGACCUGCACUUCGAUUCUCCACGCGUGUAUGAAUUUGACCACCAACGAAAUGUUCAACUACAAGCGAUACCCCUACCUGCGGGAUAAACGCGGUCGCUAUCAGAAUCCUUUCUCGAGGGGACCGGUGCUGAAUUUGUUCGAAUUUUUCGUCUGCUUGCCGGACCGCUUGGAUGAGCAAGACUUGAUGCUGGAUGAGAACCUCUGAAAAUGACCGCAUCAGAACGUGAAACGUAAACGAAUUACCAGCAGCUAGGCAGCUAGAAUACAUACAUUGCUACGGAGCUAUUCUUGCCGCUUGCCGUCCUGCUUGAUAUUACACAAUGAAAAGCACUAGCUGCCAUCGGUAAUAGCGUGACAGUUUGCGAGAGCAGCAACGGUUAAUUCUCAAUUCGCUUACAUAGCACGUGGUGAUCGAUGCUAAAAUAAAUUCUUUCUCAUUCCAUCGAAAAACAUGAACAACAAUAAUGUUCAUUGAUUAGAAAACCAAUUUAUUAAUUCCUUAAAUGCGUGCAUACAUGUAUAAUUCAUUUAUCCAGUAUUUAUUCGUCAUGCAAAUUUGUGAUACAUACGUUUUAUGGAACUUAAGAUUAUGUUUCCCGUUCAUUAUAGAAGAAAAUGUUAAACAAAUAUUCCUGUCGUUGAGUUGUUCAUUAGAAAAUUGGGUAUGAUGUGAUGCGUUUACAAAGUAAAUGAACGAACGCCUAUAUAUCCUUCAGCGAUUGUUAUGUUUUGUUUGGCUUAAUGUCAUAGAAUUUUCCAGAGAAAACAUAUAGAAAAUAUAUAUAAAUACACAUUAAUCUUUGUGAGAUAAAAACGAUAAAAAAAUCAAUAUCAUGUAUGAACGUAAACGUUUUAUUGUAAAUUGCACAAAGUUUGGUACUAUACAAUGCUAUGCAUACAUUCCAUUUCUAUCAAACCUGAAUGGAGAAGAGAGCAACCGACGCUUGAGCAACAAGAAUUACAGCUUGAAAGCUUCAAUAAAUUUUCUAACC